AUGUCGUUUCGAUUUAUCGCCUCCCACAGGCAGGGAGGCACCAACAACACUCCGGGCGGGAGAAAUAUGCCCCCCUCCUCCUCCGGGGCUGGGGCUAGGAUCACGGGCGGCAGCAAUGUUGGCUCCAGCAGCAGCAGCAGCUUUAGAAACAACCCCCCUGGUCACUCCGCUGCUGCACCGAAUCUCCAGAGCAUAGAGUUUGCCAGAUGGAUCUUUGAGCAGCAGCGGACUGUGGAGAUGGGGGUCAGGAAUGAGCAGUGGUCGUCGUCCUCGUCGUCGCCGCCCGUUAUUGUUAUUAGCGAUGACGAAGAGGGUGGCGGCGGCGGUGGUGGUGGUGGUCGGCGGUCCAGUCGGUCGAUUCGGUCUGUCAGGAGAAGCGGCAUGGCUGUCAAACGGCGAAUCGACCUUGUUGAUGGUGCUGAUGGUGAUACCAUCGUUGCCCACCCCCCCGGCGUUGGUGUCAACAGGGGCUUUGAAAUCAUCGACCUCACCAGCCCCUCUCCCCCCCCUCCCCCUCGUGCCCCAAAAACGCAGCGCACUACCACCACCCGGUAUCAGGACCGAAACAAGCCAAAAGAAGAAACGGGUGAUGAUUUGAGGUGGGAGAUUCAUGCCCUGCUGGGGGAGCGAUAUUCCCCACCCCGUCGUCCCCAGCCUCGUCCCCAACCUCGUCCCCCUGCUCCGGUGGUUGAACCCUCUCCCUCUCCCUCUCCCUCUCCCUCCCCGAGUUCCGAACCGCAAAAACCAAAGCACCUCCAAACCCUCCCCCUAGAAAUCCUAACCAAAAUCUACCGCCACCUCCUCGUCUCCCCCAAACCCAUCCCCGUCAAAGACCUCUUCCAAGAAGUCAUCCGCGCCCCCCCCCGCCGCACCCGCACUCGCAAUCUUCCCACCCCCCGACGCGCCGUACUGGCGAUGGGGGAGGAGCCCGAACGGGAGUUCUCAAUCGAAAUCGGAAUCCUCCUAGUCAACAAACAAAGCUUUGCCCAGGGCAUACAAAUCCUCUACGGGGAGAACACCUUCAGCUAUCUCCUCCGCGACCCAAGCGCUGCCCGCACAGGUGGAGCGGCAAGAAGCCGAAGAGACGGGCAGAGAAACAGGAUUGACUGGUCCCGUUACGGGGGCUUGGUAAGACAGGUGGAGAUUGAGAUGGAGCGGAACCGGACGGGGGGGGAGUAUGCUAAUCUUUUGAGGCGUGCGCUCGAGAAACUGAGGGGGGUGAGGUUGAGGGAGUUGGUUUUGAGGCUUAGUCCUUUGUAUGAAAGGGAGGGGGAAGGGAGGCAUCUGAGUGUGGUAAGUUUGUUUGGACGGAACGCGCCGGUUAUGAGGGCGUUGAGGGGGGUGGAGGUGGAUUUUUUGAGGGUGGGGGUUAAUGUGAACAGUCAUUUGAAUGACGGGGAGGAGGAGGGUCCCAACGCAAUGCGUGAAACUUGCUAC